AUGAAUAUUGCUAUUUUUUUGAGGUACUCGGGUAAAUGGAGAUCCCAAACAGAAUAUGUGGAUUAUAAAAGUGAAGGAAUUGUUGUAGCUGAAUCAGUAAAUUAUGUGAAGUUGAUUUCAUCGAUUACUGAUGAACUAGACAUUAACGAAUCUCAAAAAAAUAUUGAUGUACGUUAUGUUGUCGACGUUGAAGAAAAUACAACCGUCGUUCGUGGUGUAUCCAUUUGUAUUUCAACUACAGAUAAAUGUCAAGAAGACAUAUUGUUCGAUAGAGAAACAGGAGCUGUUAUUGUCGGCGAAACUGUUAAAUCAAUAGAUAUAGACUCUGCUGAUGAUCCAAUGGAUGGUCACUAUUUUGAUUGGAACCGCAGUCCCAUACAAGAACAGUCUGAGGAUGUCGAAGGAUGUUGUGAGGAUAUUGCAACUACCAGACUAGAUGCUCUUGUCAAAUUCGUGGUAAAUCAGAAUUCGGCAAACCUCAAUGUUGGAACACCUUCUACUGUGCAUAUCAAUAAAGAUCACAUGAAUGUUGAAGGAGUUAGUGUUGAUAUUGGGUCUAUCACAUUGGAAUCUUUCGUCGCAGUUGUGAAAAACUUGAAACCUGAUAGUGCUAAUGUUGAAACAUCUACUAUGCAGGUUGAUUAUUCGAGUACACUUCCUGAAUCAGCUCAAGUCGAGUUAGAUGCCAUAUUGGAAGAUUUUUCUGAUGCGGUUGUCGUGGCUCAUCAAGCUGCAAAAAACCCUGCUAAGAGAAUCAGAACGAGAUCCAAAGUAUUCAUGUCUUCAUACACGACAGAAUAUGCUUCUGACUCUAAAGCAAUUGAGGAUCAAAUCGGAGAACAAAAACAGAAAUUUGCUUUUAAUAAUUUUCUAAUAUCCGAUAAUAUGCCAAAAGGUGUAAUUGAAGAGUACAAGCAAUGGGUGGAGGAAGGACUAUUGAAGUUUCAUGCUAAAAAAAAAAUGAAUGAUGAGCAUUACAAAGCAAAAUUAUCAUCUCUUGGGGUUCACAAAAUCCAUAUUGAUGUCAUUUUCUAUCAUUUGCGGAAGAAGUCAAAAUUAAGGAAUGAUCAAGAUUACAGGUUCACAACAACCAACUGUUUUUUCAAGAAUUACAUUGUGAAGACAUACUCCAAUUAUUAUGAAGAUGAAACAGAUACAGUCAUUACUACACAACAAGAUUAUGCUCAAUCUGUUGACGUGAUCCUAAAUGAAGAUGCAAUAACAAAUGUAAUCAAGGGAUAUUGCAUGCCAUCUGGUUUACCAUGGCACCAAGUUGAUGAGGUGUAUGUUCCUAUCAAUUGUAAUGACAAGUUUCACUGGGAGUUAGCUGUUAUUUUCCUGAAGGAUAGACGCAUACGCGUCUAUGAUUCGCUGUCUAGUCUAAGGAAUAUGGAAUCAAUUAAUGAGAUUAACAAGUUGGUUGCAAUGCUGCCAACUUACCUCUCCGACAACAGAAUUUUUGAAGAAGCAUCACGUACGGAUUGGACUAAUCUUGAAGUAUACAGGAAUAAGAUUACUCAAAGGACACAAUUUCUGAAUGAACAUUCCUUUGAGAAUUGUGGAGCCUUUGUUGCUGGGUAUGCUGAAUACCUAAGUGAAGGAAUGAAUGUGCCUUCAGAUGAUUUUGAAGCAGAAUAUCAUCGAAUGCGUUAUGCCACACUCCUUCAAAAAUAUGGUAUUCAAAAAGCUCAGAAAGAUUAUGUUAGUAAAAAUGAUGACCCUCCAAGACCAAGGUCAAGAAAUAUACGAAUUCCGGGUGAAAAUGAAAUAGGUAGCACUGAGUAG